AUGUCGGACAAUAUUUAUUUAAGAUGUUCUGUCAUUGUUUUAUUAUGUGCUACAACUUUUGCUGCACCAGGAGGUUUUGGAUCCUUCGCAGGGAGUAGUUCCUCGGCAUUCAGUAGUGCUACGAGUAACGCACAAGCAGGAUCUGUCGCAAGUGCAAUAAGUUCUGCAUUUUCCGGUAGUAUAUUUCCUUCGAAUAAUCCAGACGGAUUAAAUCAUCUCCAAGGAAUUUCUGUUGGUACUGGAAGCUUUGCAGGAACUGGAAAUAUUCAUCCGGGUUCCGAUAAGUUUGGAUUGAGUCAUCAAAUUUCUAGUGGAAUUAAAGGAGGUCAUAAUAAUCAUAAAUCUCAGUCACCGUGUUCUCAAUGUGCACAUAACAAAGAAAAAUUGGAUUAUGAUAAUUAUGACGAACAGCCUGAAGAAAAGGAUGAGGAAACACACGGUGAAGAAGAUGAUUGCGACGAUGGUCAAUACAGACCUGAGCAUCAUUAUAAGCAUGACAAAAGUGGAGAUGGUAAGGAUAACGAAGAGGAAACAGUGCCGGGAGUACAUAAAAUAGGAAAUACCGAUACAUACGAUUACGAUCAAGAAAAUGAUAAAGGUUCAUACACACCGAGUGGUAACAAAGGACAGGGAAAUAAUAAUUAUGGUAACACUGGAUUAACUGGAGCUAAUAAUCAGAAUUUAAAUAAUAAUAAUUACGGUGAUAAUCAACAUAGUACGAAGUAUCCAUUUGCACAUACGAAUGCUGGUACGUCGAAAGAUUUUUCGCAUCUUUCUAUAAAUCCGAGUGAUUUCAAUAAGAAGAAAGAGAAUGAUAAUAAGAAUUUAGGUACUCCUGGAAUUGUUGCACCUACUUCAGGUGUUGGUAGUAAUUAUGGGAAUACGAAUAAAGGUCCAUUUGGUAAUAAAACACCAAGUCAAACGAAUUUGGGAAGUGUAAGUGGUACUAAUGUUGGUUGUUCUAAAACUGGAUCUGGAGGAGGUUGUUCAACGAGUGAGACUGAUUUAAAUCAAGGUCCAGUUAAAAUUGGUCAAACAGAUUUGACACAAGCAACUAAUGCACCGAGUUUCACCACAGGUGGAAAUAAAGCUACUGCGGGAUGCAAUAGUUUAUAUGGAAAUUGUGGUAAUGGUAAAACAGAUGGAACAGGACAAUAUCAAUCUACGUCUGUAGGAAGUGGACAGAAUUUACAGAAUGGAUACACUGGUGGUGUAAGUGGAGGAAAUAAACCACAAUCUCAAACAUAUGGAGUCGGAGGUAGUGGACCUGGCCACGUUGGCAUUGGAAGCACACCUUUCCCAACUCAAACGCAUGGAACUUUUGGUAGUGGGUCUGGUAAUAUUGGUUUUGGAAAUAAACCAAAUUUGUAUGAUCAACAACAUACAGGGCAACCGAAUAAUGGUAAAUUACCAAGUGGAUCUUCUGGUACCUUUGGUGCUGGAUCUGGUAGCAAACCUGGUGCAUCUUCCGCUCCUUGUGAUGAUGACGGAACACCUUUACAAAAGAACGUACCAAUUUCUUCUGAAGCAUUUGGAACAGCUAGUAGUGGCAUUGGAUUUAAUGCUAACGGGCAAUCUGGUUUUGGGAGUCAAAAUUCUUAUCAAUUUAAUACAGGAAAUCCUUUCCUACAUGGUGGACAAAUUAAUUCUAAACCAAACAUAUACCCAACUAGUUCACCUUUCUCAAACAGUCUCAGUACCACUGUUAAACCAAUUGGUCAUGGAAAUCCUUUUCUAGAUGGUACCAUAACCCACACAUUCGGAUCUCAACAUGGUAAUAACGACAAGAAUACCCUUGGGGUAAUUCCAAUUAAAAAUAACGACGUGCCAAAUAAGCCUAUUGGUGUUGGUAAUCCAUUUUUAUCAAACGGAAGUGGAGGUAGUUCUUCAUUUGGUACCGGAAUCCAUCCUGGUAUAAAUAUAGGAAACAUUUCACCAUCAACUGUUAAACCAAUUGGACAAAACAAUCCAUUUUUUGGAACAUCGAGUGGAAAUUCAGUAAAUAAAUACCCUAGCGGAGUUGAUAGCAACAAAAAUACACCUUUUGGAAGUGGAACUUCUAAUCCUUCUUCCUCCAACGAUCAAAAUUCAAAUGUACAAUUUCCAAAAUCAAAAGAAAUAUCAGGAAUACCAGGAGUAAUAGGAAUUUCAUCUUCCGGAACUUAUUCAAAUACAAAUCAAGGAGUUAAGGGUGGCCAACACCAUAACCCAACAUUAGGAAGUGUUGCAACAAGUAACGCAGGAGCUUUCAGUUCUGGAUUCAAUACACCUAAUGCAUACAAUAAUAAUAAUAAUAAUAAUAAUGCUGGUCACGGUACAGGUUCGUUGAUAGGAACCGCUAAUAUUAAAAAACCUUCUUACACGCUUUUAAAUUCUCCUGAUACGUCAUCGCAAACUAAUGGCAAUGGAAAUUCCUUGUCCAAUUCUUUGAACAAUGGAAAUAAUCCAAAUGGUCAAUUUAAUAAUCAAAUAGCAAAUGCCGGAGCGCAAUCAUUUGCAGGUGCUAGUGCAGGUGCUAGUGCAGGAAGUUACGCUGGUUCUUUCAGCAGUUCUCAAGCAUCCAGUUCGAGUUCCAGUUUUGCUAGCAGUAAAUCUGGAUCGUAUUCAGUUAACGGAGAUCCGAAUAUUUUCCAUCAGCUGGAUGGAAAUUGGCCGCCUUUCAACGUGGCUAGAAGUUUAGAUGGAACCAAUUCUGGAUGGCCAUCUUUAAAUGCAGGAUCCCAAGCUUCUGCAUUUGCGAGCAGCAGCGCAGGAAGUUGGUCAGGACCACAACCAUUCGGUGUUAAAAGUAGAUAA